CACGCGGCAUGGUGCCGGUCUCUCAGUUCUUUUGCCAACGUCGUCGUCCACCUGUCGAUAGUAUAACCAGGCAGCAACGAAGUUCAUCACUGAGAAAGAGAGAGCCGUAUCUUUUUGUCCGCCUUCCAUACGUUUGCCAUCGCUCUUCCAGGACGAAACCAGUUGCAAAAGCUUACGAAGGGACUUUACAGAAGGAUGGCGCCGAAUAUAACAAGUACUCCGACGGGGGUGCUAUUUGAGGGUGAGACCCUUGAAUCGCAGGUGAUCGGGGAGCAACCCAAGGAGAAACCUAAAUAUGUUAGGCGCAUCGUUUGGAGAAACGUGACGAUUUUCUCGUUCCUACAUCUCGCCGCCCUUUACGGAGUUUAUCUCUCGUUCACGUCCGCCAAAUUGGCGACCAUCCUUUUCGCAAUUUUAAUGUAUCAGUGUAGCGGCUUGGGAAUCACAGCCGGGGCUCACCGACUUUGGGCGCACCGAUCCUACAAAGCCAAGUGGCCUCUCCAGUUGCUGCUUGUGAUUUUGAACACUAUGGCGUUCCAGGAUGCCGCGAUCGACUGGGCCAGAGACCACAGGGUUCAUCAUAAAUAUAGCGAGACCGAUGCCGAUCCGCACAACGCUACAAGAGGUUUCUUCUUCUCGCAUGUGGGCUGGUUGCUCUGUAGAAAACAUCCAGAAGUCAAGGAAAAGGGCAAGGCUAUCGAUUUAAGUGAUCUUGAGAGCGAUCCCAUAUUGGCAUUUCAAAAGAGAUAUUACAUCAUACUGAUGCCACUCCUGUGCUUCAUUUUGCCAACUGCUAUUCCGGUCAUGUGUUGGAACGAGACGUGGACGAACGCUUACUUCAUUCCCACCAUCCUCCGUUAUAUCUUCACAUUGAAUAUGACAUGGCUGGUGAACUCCGCGGCUCACAUGUUCGGCAACAAACCUUACGACAGAUUUAUCAAUCCGUCGGAGAACAAAGGGGUUGCUAUGUUCGCUCUUGGUGAAGGCUGGCACAAUUACCAUCACGUCUUUCCCUGGGAUUACAAGACGGCCGAGUUCGGCAAUUACGCGUUCAACUUCACGACGGCCUUCAUCGACUUCUUCGCGAAGAUCGGCUGGGCCUACGAUUUGAAGAGCGUAUCCGAGAACAUGGUGAGGAAACGAGUACAGAGAACGGGCGAUGGCAGCCACGAGUUAUGGGGAUGGGGCGAUAAGGAUCAAACGCAGGAGGAAAGAGAUGAAGCGAUAGUGACACACCAUCACACGAAGGAUCAAUAGAAUCCUGUGAAAUGUGCGUGCGAAACUAUCGAUUAAGUUAAUUAAAUUAUCUAAAUAUUAGAGCUAUAAAGAUUAAGGCUUUCUUCCACAUUCGUUCAUGACACGGUCACGAACCAAAAGAUAUUUGAAUCGGCCUUCCAGGACCUACGUCUCGACCGUCGCGUAUCUCGAUUCCGAUAUGUCGUUGCACGAUUAUUUGGCGGGUUCCAUAUAAUACAUCCUCGGAAGGCUGGGAGCAGGAUUUUUCGUAAUGUCGAUGGUGUUCUGGAGCGCGAUGCGCGAGCGCAAUACUCGCUUGAUAAACUUUUUUACCUCCUUUUAAGAUAUACACAAUUAGCUUUGGAAUUAUAUUACAUAAUUAUUGGAUAGUAUUAAUUAUUCAAGAAAUUUUUUAUGCAUAAUCAUAACGAGGAUGUAUAUAUACAUGUUUGUAUAAUUGGAGCAUCGAUCAAAUAUAUUAUAAUUUUGUACUUUUGCCUUUUAAAGUAACGCUUGAAUCUACAGUAUAGUGUGAAGGAAGAGAAAUGUAAAAAUAUAAAUGUGAUUCAAAAAUUACAAAUUUGGCUUGAUA